CAGCUGUUGCUUACUAUAGCAAGGGAUGGCGUUCACGUUUCAGCAAAAUGCAGGUGCUCACUGCAACGUUACUUUUGACCCUUGUCAUCACACUGCAGUACUCCUGCGCUCUGAGCCCCACAGACUGCAGAGCUGCUGAGCCCGUGGCUGGGGAGGCACUAGACGUGAUCAAUGAAGAACGGCAGAAAGGCUACCUUUUCCAGCUGCUGCGGGUCGCUGAUGCCCAUUUGGACAGAGGGCAAUCUGCAGCUGUUUAUUAUUUAGUCUUAGAUGUGAAAGAAUCCGACUGUUCAGUCCUGUCCAGGCAACACUGGGAGGACUGUGAGCCAGCUGUUUCUAGACGUCCAUCAGAGCUAGUGAUUGGACAAUGUAAGGUUAUAGCUACAACACAUUUGAAUGAAUCUCAGGAUCUCAGAGUGAAUGGCUUUAACUGCACCACUAGUUCUGUCUCUUCAGCCUUAGCCAACACCAAAGACAGCCCCAUACUCUUUGAUUUCUUUGAGGAUACCAAGCUCUACAGAAAACAAGCUGACAAAGCCCUUGAGAAGUACAAAAGGGAGAAUGAUGAUUUUGUCUCCUUCAGAGUGGACCAAGUGGAGAGAGUUGUAAGAGCGAGAGGAGGGGAAAGAACCAAUUACUAUGUGGACUUUUCUGUAAGGAACUGCUCCAGUUACCAUUUUCCCAGGCACUCUAAUAUCUUUGGAUUCUGCAGGGCAGAUUUGUCCUAUGAUGUCGAAGCCUCUGACUGGGAAACCCCAGAAAACAUUGUCAUAAACUGUGAAGUCUUCAACCUUGAGGAACACAGAAACAUCAGUGUUGUGCAGCCCCGUUCGGGCCAUCCCCUCCACUCUGAUGCACAUGAGGAUUCCCCUGCUGGCAAGCUUCCAUUUAAGCCCAGUGAAUCCAGAGAUCAUCAUCGUCCCCACAAGCCACAUACACCGGGAUGCCCACCUCCUCUGGAAGACCAAAACCACUCAGACAGACCACCACUUCAAGCAGGAGCUCCUCCACUAUUACCCCCAUCAGUGUCAAGAUGUCAUCACCCUCAUUUUGGCACUAAUAAGACCCAUGGACCCCCUCAUAAGCAUGGCUCCAGUGAGCACCAUCCCCAUGGACACCGUCGUCAUGAGCACCAUCCCCAUGGACACUAUCGCCGUAGACACCGUCCCCGUGGGCACCGUCCCCAUGGACACCAUCCCCAUGGGCACUAUCCCCAUGGCCGUUUCCAUGACCAUGGACCCUGUGACCCACCACCCCAUAGCCAACGUCCCCAAGAUCACUAUCACCCACCAUCUAGGCAAUCAGAGGAAAGAGGUCCAGGUAAAGGGCACUUUCCCUUCCCAUGGAGACAAAUUGGACGUGUUUACCGACUCCCUCCACUAAAGAAAGAUGAAGUUCUUCCUCUUCCUGAAGCCAACUUUCCCAGCUACUCAUUGCCAAACCACAACAAUCCCUCAGAGCCAAAGAUUCAGCCCUUCCCUCAGUCAACCUCUGAAUCAUGUCCAUGGACAUUUAGUAGUGAGUUUACACAUGUGUCAAAGUUUUUUGCAUAUACAUUUCCAAAAUAAAAUAUGAUUUCCUUGAUGGAGAAAAGUGAAUAACAUUCUGAAUUAGAACCAUAAAUAAAAUAUGACCAGUAAUAAACACAAAA